CUUUGGUAUUUUGAGAAAACUACCGAGUGACCACGUUAGCGAGAAACUUCCUGUCGGUAAAUGACAAAGCAACAACAUGAGCUCUAUUGGAACUGGUUAUGACUUGUCAGCUUCUCAGUUUUCACCUGAUGGAAGAGUUUUUCAAGUGGAAUAUGCAUUAAAGGCUGUUGAAAACAGUGGCACUGCUAUAGGAAUACAGGGAAAAGAUGGUGUAGUAUUUGGUGUAGAGAAGUUAGUAACAUCUAAAUUAUAUGAAGCUGGAGCUAACAAAAGGAUCUUCAAUAUAGACAGACAUAUAGGAAUGGCUGUAGCUGGUUUAUUAGCUGAUGCCAGAUCUAUUGUAGAAACUGCCAGAGAUGAAGCAUCAAACUACAGAUCAAAUUAUGGUUCAUCUAUACCUUUAAGACAUUUAGUCGACAGAGUUGCUAUGUAUGUUCAUGCUCACACAUUAUACAGUUCAGUGCGACCUUUCGGUGUUAGUGCUAUCCUGGGUUCAUAUGGUCAACAAGAUGGUCCUCAGAUGUACCUUAUAGAUCCAUCUGGUGUUUCAUGGGGAUAUUAUGGUUGUGCCACAGGCAAGGCAAGACAGGCAGCUAAGACAGAAAUAGAAAAAUUAAAGAUGAAAGACAUGCCUAUAGUUGAUCUGGUGAAGGAAGUAGCAAAAAUUAUAUAUAUUGUUCAUGAUGAAGUGAAAGACAAAAACUUUGAGCUAGAAUUAAGUUGGGUUGGAGAGAUGACUGGCGGUAAACAUGAAUUUGUUCCACAAAAUGUUUUUGCAGAGGCUGAAAAAUUUGCUAAAGAGGCUCUGGAAGAAUCGGAUGAUUCAGAUGAAGAAGAUCUGUGAUAUUGAUAUUACUUAUUAUAUCAUUAUUAACUCUAAAAGUAGUGCUAUUGAUAUCAUCUACAUCAUAAACAGUUACCAAUUUGUACUCAUGUUGUUAGAAUUGUGACGUUUGUGUCCAUUAAAUUUGAAGUAAUA